AUGCGACCCCAUGCUAUCCCGCGCAGGGGACUGGCCUGGCAGCCCCGUCAUCUCUCUGCUCCUCGCCGGUCUCUUGCGACCGAGGCUACCUCUCUUCCUCAGAAGGACUGCUUUUCCAUCACCCCUCCAUACCCCAGGCUCCUCAAAAACCUCGCCACUGUCAGCCGGAUACUGGACAACCGACCAUUAACUCUUGCGGAGAAGAUUCUCUACAGUCAUGUCCACGACCCCGAGCGAACGCUCGCUAGUGGUGGUAUCAAGCGGGGGGAGACGUACCUCCAGCUUAUGCCGGAGAGAGUGGCCAUGCAAGAUGCCUCCGCUCAGAUGGCAUUGCUGCAGUUCAUGAGUGCGGGGAUGUCACGAUGUGCUGUACCCGCCAGUAUCCACUGUGACCAUCUCAUUCAAGCUUCGGAGGGUGCGGACAAGGAUUUGGAGAGGUCAAUCGUGACCAACCAAGAGGUCUUCGACUUCCUCGAGAGUGCCGCUCGCAAGUACGGUAUCGAGUUCUGGAAGCCUGGAUCUGGAAUCAUUCACCAGAUCGUCCUUGAGAAUUACGCUGCGCCCGGAAUGCUCAUGCUUGGUACAGACUCGCAUACACCCAAUGCUGGCGGCCUUGGUAUGCUUGCUAUUGGUGUUGGUGGUGCGGACGCUGUGGACGCCCUCACGGGUACCCCUUGGGAGCUGAAGGCACCCAAAAUCAUCGGUGUUCAUUUGACUGGGCAGCUGAACGGCUGGGCUACACCGAAGGACUUGAUCUUGCACCUUGCUGGCAAGCUGACUGUCCGGGGCGGUACCGGCGCUAUCCUAGAAUACUUCGGCCCUGGUGUCUUCAACCAGUCAUGUACCGGCUUAGCCACUAUCGCAAACAUGGGCGCCGAGGUCGGCGCGACGACAUCCACGUUCCCCUACACCCCCGGCAUGCGCGCGUACCUACAAGCCACCGGCCGCGCGCCCGUCGCGGCGGCUGCGGACAAGGCGGCACAGAACGGCUAUCUUGCGGCAGACAAGGACGCACAGUAUGACGACGUCAUCGAAGUUAACCUUUCGGACCUCGAGCCUACGAUCAACGGACCGUUCACCCCCGACUUGGCCACCCCGCUCUCGAAGUUCGGCUCCUUCAUUCAGGAGAAUGGAUGGAAGGACGACCUCACUGCGGCACUCAUCGGCUCAUGUACGAACAGCUCUUACGAGGACAUGACCAGUGUCGCGGACCUUGCUAGGCAAGCGAAGGAGGCCGGUUUGAAGGCCAAGGUUCCGUUCCUGUGCACACCUGGCUCCGAGCAGAUCCGCGCGACCAUCGAGCGCGACCAGAUCACGAGCCAACUCCAGGACAUCGGCGCGACGGUAUUGGCAAACGCGUGCGGGCCUUGCAUUGGACAGUGGAAGCGCGAGGACAAGAAGGGCGAGGAGAACGCGAUCCUCACCUCCUUCAACCGCAACUUCAAAUCCCGCAACGACGGCAACAAGCUCACCAUGAACUUCCUCGCCUCGCCCACCGUCGUCACCGCCAUGGCCUUCUCCGGCAAGCUCUCCUUCAACCCCAUGACCGACUCGCUCCCGCUCCCCUCCGGGGGAUCCUUCCGCUUCGCGCCCCCGCGCGGGCAGGACCUGCCUGCCGCGGGCUUCACCCCCGGGGAGACGGGGUACUACCCCGCGCCGACGCCCGAGCCGCAGCCGGAGACGGAGGUGGUGAUACGGCCGGACUCGCAGCGGCUGGAGCUGCUGGCGCCGUUCGGGAGUCCGUUUGGGCCGGGCUCGGGGAAUGAGCGGGGGUUGGAGCUGCCGCCGUUGAAGGCGCUGAUGCGGGUGAGGGGCAAGUGCACGACGGACCAUAUUUCGGCUGCUGGACCGUGGUUGAAGUACAAGGGUCACUUGACGAACAUUUCGGAGAACCUUCUGAUCACUGCUGUCAACGAUGAGGGUGGCGAUGUCAACGUCGCGUUCGACCACGAGCACUCCCCCGCAGAAUCAGAGACGGACACCAUCCCCGCAGUAGCGAAGCGCUUCAAGGCGCGGAACCAGCCCUGGGCUCUCGUCGUCGACGACAACUAUGGCGAAGGUAGCGCGCGUGAGCACGCUGCCCUGCAGCCCCGCUUCUACGGCUGCGCGAUGAUCGUCGCGCGCUCCUUCGCUCGUAUCCACGAGACCAACCUCAAAAAACAGGGCGUACUCCCCGUAUGGUUCGCCGACAAGGCAGACUACGCGCGGAUCGGCUCCGGGGACGUCGUCGAGACGCUCGGGCUCGCAGACCUCCUCGAGGGCCGCGACACGUCCGAGCACGCGAUCCGCCUGCGCGUAACGCCCCGCGACGGGGGCGCGGCGUUCGAGAUCCCCACAAGACACACGAUGAGCGAGGACCAGCUCAAGUGGCUGCGUGCGGGCUCGGCGCUGAACCAUAUUCGCGCGCAGAUCGCGGGGCAGUAGAUGUGGGAUAUGUGGUCGUAUAUAGGUAGUGUAGGAUUAUAUUGGUUUUCUUUUCACAUCGCAGGACGCUUUGUGCGUCAUCCAGGUACU